AUGGGGCCUCGCCGCCUUGCUUCCAGCAUCAAAUGGCCUUUGGCGACCAUUACUCACCUGUUCUACGAAUCUGUCAGUGUUCUCGCACCUGAGAAAAGGCCAAGCAUGGCAUAG